AAGUGUGAGGCCAACACGUUCGAUGGCGAGCGGUGUAUGUACGGCAGUCUGAGCGAUUCUGUUCGACGCCUGCUCAAAGAUUACAAGUGUAUCAGUGUCCAAGCCAUGCAGCGGGAUGAUUUUAACUACUUUCUGCACACGUUACUGGAGCAGGGUCAACACAGCGACGUGAAGUUCCUCGUUCAUGGGCAGAUAUUCACGGCUCACCGAUGUGUUCUCAGUGCGCGCUCAGAGUACUUCACCGAAAUGUUUGAGACCAAAUGGAAAGGGAAGAACUUGAUCACCCUCAAACACCCUCUGAUCAAUCCUGCAGCCUUUGGAGCCAUCCUGCAAUAUUCAUAUACAG